AACACUAACAAAAAAAGUAAACAAUAAUAAUAAUAAUAAUAAUAACUUAUUACUUAUUAGUAUUUACUAUUUAGUACUAACUAAUAACUAUUAACUAUUAUAAUACCUAUAAGAUAGGAAAAAAGGAAAAACUCGAGUUCGCCGUCACGAAGCAUUCGGUAAUUCGGUCAGACGACGACGAUUGCUGCACGUCAUGAAAAAUGACUUGUUUGACAUGUUUCUGUUCCUUUUCAAGUCCAAAUAUCGACGAAAACGGAUCAUCCCAACAAUGACGACUACGACUGUUACCAAUAUUGCUCUGCUACUGGUACUCGUUUUUGGUAUGGUAUCUGUGGCACAAUGCUCACUGGACCGGUGUAAAGACGUCGAGUGUGGCAAUGGCAUUUGCCUUAAUGGAACGUGCCUGUGCCAUGACGGAUGGCAAGGUCCGCAGUGCCAGUAUUGCGGUGGAAAAGUCAAGUUAAAUGGGACUUCUGGCUUCAUUUCUGAUGGUAUUGGUAACUACUCACUAGAUGUGAAGUGUAGUUGGCUUAUAGAAGCUGGAAAUUCCACUAAUUCCACAAUCAGAUUGCAUUUUGAAGAAUUCAUUACUGAAUGUGGUUGGGAUCAUUUAUAUAUAUAUGAUGGUGACAGUGUUCACUCUCCAUUACUUGGUGUUUACAGUGGUCUUAUGUAUUCAAAAGAUUAUUCUCUGCAGAGUGUACCAGAAAUAGUUGCUCAUUCCGGAUUUGCACUAUUACAUUUCUAUAGCGAUAUUGCUUAUAAUUUAUCCGGUUUUAAUAUUUCUUACAGUUUGAACACUUGCCCAAGCACGACUUCCUCUAAGCAAUGUUCAGGACAUGGUAUUUGUAUAGACUCUGUAUGCACUUGUGAUGCCCAAUUUAUUGGUGAAGCUUGUCACAUUCCAAUUUGUCCAAAUAAGUGCACAGCCAGUAAUGGUAUAUGUGAUAAGGAGCAACAUCGCUGUGUCUGCAAUCCAAAGUAUAAAGGUGACGACUGUAGCCAAGUAGCUGAACAUGGUUACUGGGAAGUAUUAAAGACAAGUGAUUUUGUUCCCCAAGGAUCUGCUUCUCAUACAGCAGUCGUAUGGCAAGAUUCUAUGUAUAUUGUUGGGGGAGAGUCUUUCAAAAAAGGACAUAUGUUAUAUGUUUAUGAUUUCAAUGGUCAUGUAUGGGAAACUCCUCAUGUAAUAAGCAAAACAGCACCAACAAUACGAUAUGGACAUUCGUCUGUGCUGUUUGGUGACAAGAUAUAUGUUUUUGGAGGAGUAAAAGAAGAUGGUAUUGUGUGUAAUGAAUUAUGGGCUUAUGAUAUAAGUGCAAAGUCCUGGGAAAAUGUUACAGUCAAUACUGGUUUUUGUGAACGUAACCUUAUGAACAUUGGUUUCACAAAUCAAGCUUUGUGUGGACCAUUGCGUAGUGCUGGACAUACAGCGACACUGGUGCCACCUUCGUUUAUAUCAUCUACUUCGUCUGGGUCUGGUUCUAAAUAUGUAACAGAACGAAUGAUUAUUAUUUUUGGACAUUCUCCUACUUAUGGUUUUAUGAAUUUUGUUCAAGAAUAUUAUUUUGGUACUAGAGAAUGGGCUGUUGUAAAGACUAAAGGUUAUCCAGUAAAAGGUGGUUAUGGCCACAGUGCUGUUUGGGAUCCUGUGACAGAACGCAUUCUUGUUUAUGGUGGCUAUGUUUCAAUGAGUCCUCUUCAAUCGGCUUUAUCUUCAAAACUUUAUGCAUAUGAUCCUUACUCACAUACCUGGUAUUUAAUGAGUGACGGUCCUAGUGGUAGGUUCUUGCAUAGUGGUUCUAUGUUGAGUCCUACUGGAGGUUUAAUGUUGAUUUAUGGUGGAAACAUACAUAACGAUACUGGAGUAAAUUUGGUUUCAUCUGGUGGUCAGUGUUAUACUGCACAACCAUUACUUUAUGAUACCUAUUGUGACUCUUGGACACAAAUGGCAUUGCCUUCAAAUUUAUUCACCAGUCUCAUGCGAUUUGGACAUUCUGCAAUAACAUUUGAAAAAUCGAUGUAUAUUUAUGGUGGUUUCAACGGCCAAAUGCUCAAUGAUAUUCUCAAAUUUUCUCCUGGAAAUUGUUCAUCAAAUAAUAUGAUAACUAAUUGCUUGAAUAGUCGUCAUUUUGGUGUUAAAUGUGUGUGGGAUAACGAAAAAGCCAUUUGUUUACCAUUUUCAGAAAUCCCAGCCAUGCCACCCAGCAUAGAUUAUGAAUCAACUUACAGCCGUUGUCCGGAAGAGAGUAAGUCGCAAGUUACUGGAAUUAUUGAUCAGUGCAAGCGGCAAAUUACAUGUGAAUCAUGCGUUCAUACUCAUCGUUGUGGCUGGUGCCCACUGUCAAAUUCUUGUGUCCAUGAUAUAGAGCAAUGUACUACAAUGAAUAGAGAUGAUAUUCCAUAUCGUAGUGAACGUCCAAUAACAUCUGGUUAUCAAUGUACUAAUGAAAAUACUGACCAUAUGCGUUGUAACCAUCUUCACUCUUGUCAAUAUUGUGUUACUCAUUCUGGAUGUCAUUGGAAUUCCAAGAUUGAAGUUCCUAUAUGUGUACCAAUCACAAACAAAUCCAUGAUCCAAGAUUUCACAUCACCAGAUGUAUGUGAAAGUGUUUGUGACCAUUAUACUGAGUGUACUAAUUGUACAAAAGAUGAAUGUAUUUGGUGUCAGAAUAAUGAACGAUGCAUUGAUAAAAAUGCAUACACUUCUUCAUUUCCGUACGGUCAGUGCAGAGAAUGGACAACAGAUGAACACCGUUGUAGAACUUCACCAGGUAAUUCACAGUGCAAUUACUAUAGGACUUGCAUUGACUGUCGAGAUGAUCCAGAGUGUGGUUGGUGUGAUGAUGGAUCAGGUACUGGUUUAGGUUCAUGCAUGGCAGGUGGCAAUACUCCACCCCAAUCUUGUGCUCAAAAUAAAUGGUAUUUCACUCAUUGCCCAACUUGUCAGUGCAAUGGCCACAGCACUUGCAUGAACAAUACUGACGUGUGUAUACAUCCAUGUUCAAAUAACACCGAAGGUCAAAAUUGUGAGACGUGUAUUAAAGGAUUCUAUGGGAACCCAGUUAAUGGUGGUGAAUGUAAAGAAUGUCGUUGUAACAAUCAAGGUAACCAUUGUAACCAAGAAAAUGGAAAAUGCUAUUGUACUACAAAAGGGAUAAUUGGAGAUAAUUGUGAAAAAUGUGAUACAAACAACCAUUAUCUUGGAGACCCAUCUAAUCAUGGUUCCUGUUUUUAUGAUCUGACCAUUGAUUAUCAAUUUACGUUCAACCUGUCUAAAAAAGAUGAUUUGAGAUUCACACAAAUCAAUUUUCAAAAUUCUCCUUCUAAGUCUGAUGUGGACGCUGACUUUAGCAUCACCUGUUCGGUGAUGGCCAAGAUGAACAUCACUGUCAAACCUGCAUCCGGACCAGAAAAGAUGCUACUACCGUUACAGAACUGCACAAACUUCAGGACUAAGUUUUUAAAAUCUGAUUAUAUGUUUGGCACCGGCGAUAACAUGUCACUGACAACAUUCUAUGUUUAUGUUUACGAUUUCAAACCUCCGCUGUGGAUACAGAUAUCAUUUUCUCAGUAUCCAAAAUUAAAUCUUCAACAGUUUUUCAUCACGUUUUCUUCGUGCUUCUUGUUAUUGCUGUUGGUUGCUGCCAUAUUGUGGAAGCUCAAACAGAAAUACGACAUGUACCGCAGGAGACAGAGAAUGUUUGUGGAAAUGGAACAAAUGGCCAGUAGACCGUUUUCUGUAGUCGAGGUGGAAAUAGAAAAACGCAACGCCGUUCAUGGUAACCAAAUACCAACCAUUUCCGUAUCGAGCAAUUUGAGAAAACGCAAAAUCGACGUACCGAAUCCAGUGGCCUUGGAACCCUGCGCCGGAAAUCGAGCAGCCGUAUUGACGUUGCUCGUCAGACAGCCUACAGGCAACGAUAGAUUCACACCACAUGGAUAUUCAGGUCUGGCGAUAGCGUCUGCUCUGGUUGUGGUGGGUAACGUCCAACAUUCCAAGACCAAUGGAAUCGACAACGGCAGUUCUCCGCUGCCGGGAAAAGAAGACGUCCGCUGGACUGGUAGGGGUUUGAAAGCCAGUCAGCAUCCAAGCGAAGCGCGAAUUUAAGAUUACGACGAUGACGACGACAUUCACAAUCCCUCUUCUCUUCUCCGGCUUUGUCCGUGAUUUUUUCGCGCUGCAGCGUAACAUAAUAUAAUCGUAUAAAACAAUACCUACACCAAUAUAUAUAUAUAUAUAUAUAUAUAUAUAUAUGUUGUGUGUAUAGUCGAACCCGAUAAGACUGAUGAGAUCGUAUAUAUUAUUAUAAUAUACGUUUAUACGGUGCAUUUAUGUAAUACUUUAUUACUAUUAUAUUUAAUAUAUUAUAUAUUAUAUACAAUUAAUACUACUACUACUGCUACUACUACUAUUACUACUACUACUACUACUACUACUACUACUACUACUACUACUAAACUAUCCGUAGUUUUCCGAAUUAAUCUGAUGACCUAUCGGAUGGCAUCGGAUUGAUUUAUGAACGACACAAUGUACGACGGUACCUAUAUAAUAAUAUAACAUACAUAUAAUACGUUCUACGCUAGGCCUGCAUGUAUUCCUUUUUAAUUUUUUUUUCUGUCGCUGCGCCUUCGAGUAAAAUACUACAUUUUUAUUGUAUAGACGCCGUGCACAGGGCAUUUUUUUAAUCUCGUAUUUACGGUACUUUGAAUCUCAUCUUGGUCUGCAGAUUUCUGUAGUACAAAAAUCUCAAAUCGGCGACUUACUCAUCAAUUGAUAAAUACGCCAUACGUUACAAUGUGUCAAUAUUGGUUCCUCUGUAGUCUAGAUUGACUUUCCUCCAAAUUUUUUAGUUUGCCUGUCAUCGCCAUGUAUAUUGCAUACAUACUCAUUCGCUCAGUGUGCAACAUAGUUGUCUUUUCGGGCACGCAAAGCUGCACAUUCCUAUAAUAUAAUAUUAUACCUUCGUUCUUAGUAUAAACGGUUUGGGUGUAAUUAGUACACUUAAACCGUGUAGGUGUAAUAUAAGUAUAUAAUAUUACGCAUAUCGUUUGUGAUUAUCCAAAUAAAAUAUAAUAAUAUACAUACCUACACGUACAUCAUACGAUAUUAUAACUAUUUAAUAUAUUAUAUUGUCUAUAACUGACAACUGUAACACCUAGAUAGUAUUAUUAUUAUUGUUGUUACCUGUUGUGUUGUACGACACGGUAUAAUAUGGAAAUUUGAAAAACAUCCCUUCUUUUCGUUCAUUCCGUGGGUCACAUUAUUGGCCCAAUCAUUUAAUCUCUCAAAAAAUAAAUACCUCGUUACAAUCACGAAUAAUAAUACAAAAUAUAGCAGCAGUGGAUAUCGAUCAAAUGUAACAUUGCUUGUUUUUCCUUCCGUCGAUCGCAUACGAUCCAAUGAGUCCGUAUUGUGGACUGUAUUAGUCAUUUCCUUAUUUUCAUAUUCUCAUCGGUAAUUUGUCAGAUCGCAAUGUAUUUUACCUAUAUAUAUAUAUAAUAUAUACCGAUGACGUUACUCGGUCAAUUUUAAUUAUUAUUUUCAUGUUUAAUUAAUAUUAUAAUAUCAUCGCCUACAUAAUUAUGAUAAUAUUGUGGUCCGUAAUCCGAAGGGGGGCCAAAUUAAAAAUCGUACGUCCAACGGGUGUCCGACAUGGCACGUUGGCGACACAUGUAUUCGUUAAAAUCUAUUUUCUCAUUAUAAUAUGUAGUAAUACUGCGCUACGACAAAUUUUGUAAAAAUUAUUUAUUAUUAUAAAUUAUAUAUUACUUGUUCUAAUAAAUAAAGCGUAUUAUUUAUAAUAAAUAUUUUCUGUGAUUUUAGAUUCGCUUACUCAAUUGUGAGUGUUUUUCUUUAGUUUUAACUACUUUAUGAUGUUGUAUGUAUAUAUAUACGGACGGUAGAAUUCUCCAAUUGCUAUAAGUGCUAAUUAUUAUUAAUUAAUACAGUUAUAUAAUUAUUAAUUAUAUUAUAAUGUUUAGAUUAUAAUUUUAUGUUUAUUAUAAUUAUUUUAUUAUAUUAUAUAUCAUUAAUUUUAGUUUAUAAAUAUAUUUUUUAAAACGUCCAUUUUUUUUUGUAUUUUCAUUAUCAUAUAUUUUUUGUUAAAAAAAAAAAAAAAACUAUUAAAUUAUACUUGUUUUGUCAUUAGUUAUAUGUUAUUUAAUAUCCUAGUUUAUUUUGUACAAAAUAAAAAACAGGACACAGAGUAUAUGGCUUAAAUUAUGAUGCAUCUAUAAUUGUACUUAUAAAAAUAUAAUUAUUAUCAUAAAUUUAAUGCAAACGAAUAAUAUUAGCUUUUAAAAAUAUUGUUUAAAAAAAAAACUUGAAUAUAUUUUGAUAUUUCAUCUAAAUCAAUGCAAUAAUAACUAUUUAUAUAAUAUAUACAUUAUGCAAAUAUAAACGCAAUCGGGAUUGUUAAAUGUUAUGUUUAAUAAUGUUAUUAAAAAUGGUUAUACUGUUAUAAAAAUAAAAUGAAUAUGUGCAUA